AUGCCGGCUCCAUCGGCUCUCAACACGGCCAUGUCUAUCUCCGCUUACGACCGCGGCCAGCUACGGCACGGCCCACGCCUAGACAUUAUCAACGCCGAAGGCCAAGUAGUUAUGGCACGACUGAGCGCGAACCUGGUCGCACACUACUCUUCUACUGUUCGUCAACAUAUGAAGACAGUGGGCAACGAGAAGGGCCAACCCAAACUUACUUUCGAACUCCGACCAGGAUCGGCAGAAAUUCAAGGCUUGAAGCAAGUCCACGAUUGGAUGGUGCUAAGCAUGGCCACUACUCCAACCGUAAUCAAGGCCCCAAAAAACCUCGUUAGCGCGAUCUUUUUGGCUCGAGCACUCUUCGCCCUCGGAAUGCGAGUGGACGCAAUCAACGUUGACCGCUUCGCCGAAGACAAACUUCGAAAGAUCUUGCACCCGAUGCAUGUCAAAGAACUCUGGGAGCAGAUCCCGCGUGAUACAAAAUACGUGCAUAUGCUCGUUGAGAACCUUGUCCGCUUUGGCCGAGAGGACAAGCUUUGCAAGGAGACAAUCACUUACAUCCGAACUCAUAACGAGCUUUUCGACCGCUUGAAGAGCCCGGAACUGAACGAUAGCCUGCUCGCAAAGAAGGAAUCUCCACAAGAGUUUCGCGCGCGAAAGGAUGCUCUUGAGGGGAAGGGAAAAGAAAACAACGCCGCUCGGAUCCAGGCACAGAAGGCCAAAGCGGCUCGCGAAAAGGCUGCGAAGGCUGCGAAGGCCGAGGCCGAGAGCUUCGAGAACGACCCAAGGAACCACGCAGGUGGUGCUUGGGAGAAAGAGCUCCUACCUGGUCAACAGACUCGUUCCGGAUUCCAAUAUCGCGGAUAG